AUGGCCGCGCGUUUUACGGCCGCGCAGGUUCUACAACAGAUCUUGUCCAGCGUGGACCAAGAAGACUACUCGGAUUGCCAGCAGGAGGAGGACGAAGAGGUUUCGGAAGAGGAAGACGGCGAGGAAUACAACCCCGAGAGCCGCGAGGUCGACGAUGCCUCUUCUCCCUCUUCUGGGGAAGAGCAGCCCGAGGAAGAGGCGCCCGAGGACGAGCCCGAGGACGAGCACGAGGACCGCGGCGAGCAAGAGAUCUCCUCGGCCCCGGACCGACGGGAGCCUCCGUUGCUGUCGAAAAACGGCAAAAUCGAGUGGUCCCCCGUGGCCUACGGCCGCCACCGCGGGUCCCUGGCGAUCUGCCACGCCGGGCCGGACCAGACUCCGGGCCCCACGGCCUAUGCCACGACACAGGCCCGCGACAUCGCGUCCGCCUUCCACCUGUUUGUCACACCGGCGAUAGAAAGGAUAAUUGUGGAAAUGACGAACCUGCACGGGGCCAGAAAAUACGGCGACGGCUGGCGACCCAUGGACGCCACGGACCUGCGCGCCUACCUAGGGCUGCUGAUCCUAGCGGGCGUCUACAGGUCCCGGGGCGAGGCCGCGGCAAGCCUGUGGGAUGCCGAGAGCGGCAGGACCGUGUUCCGAGCCACCAUGUCGCUCAAGGUCUUUCACAGGUACUCGAGGCUGCUGCGAUUCGACGACCGCCAGUCGAGAGCCGCCAGACUCGCCACGGACAAACUCGCAGCCAUACGGGAGGUCUGGGACCUGUGGGAGGCGCGGCUGCCGGCCCUCUACAACCCGGGGCCCGACGUGACGGUGGACGAGCAACUGGUCCCGUUCAGAGGCCGCUGUCCCUUCCGUCAGUACAUCCCCAGCAAGCCGGCCAAAUACGGCAUCAAGUCGUGGGUGGCCUGCGACGCCAAGUCCAGCUACGCUUGGAAGAUGCAAGUGUACACCGGCAAGGCGGCCGGCGGAGGCCCCGAGAAGAACCAGGGGAUGCGCGUCGUCCUCGAUCUGACAACGGGCCUGAGCGGUCGCAACGUCACCUGCGACAACUUCUUCACCUCCUACGACCUGGGCCAGCGGCUCCUCGAGAGGAACCUCACCAUGGUGGGCACGGUGAGAAAGAACAAGGUCGAGCUCCCGCCCGCGCUGCUCGAGUCCAGGGGCAGACAGGUCCUGUCCUCCAGGUUCGCCUUCACGCCCACCGCCACUCUGGUGUCCUACCUGGCAAAGAGAAACAAGAACGUGCUACUCUUGAGCACGCUGCACACAGAGGGCCACAUCAGCGAUCGCCGCGACAAGAAGCCGGCCCUCAUCCUCGACUACAACUGCAACAAGGGCGGCGUGGACAACCUAGACAAGGUGGUGGGCACCUACAGCUGCAGACGGAUGACUGCCCGCUGGCCCCUGGUCGUCUUCCACAACAUCCUCGACGUGUCCUCCUACAACGCCUUUGUCAUAUGGCGAGAGGUCAAGCCUGACUGGAUGCCUGGCAAGCGGAACAAGCGCAGGGUGUUCCUCGAGCAGCUGGGAAAGGCACUCGUGAAGCCGCUGAUCCAAAGAAGGCAGCAUCUGCCCCGCACCGAAGCGGCCUCGGCGCUUGUCAAAGUCCUACAGAGUGCUACGGCGGCGCCUCCUGAGCAACAGCGCCAGGGCACGGCCGCUGCCCCGCUCGUUGCCCCGGCCACCGGGGCAAGUAAGAGGAAGAGGUGUCAGCUCUGCCCACCCAAGAAGGACUCCAAGACACACACGGUGUGCUGCAGGUGUAAGAAAUACAUCUGCAAAGGCUGUUCACACGCCUACUGUCACACUUGCGCACAUUGGGCCUUUAGCCAGGACGGGACAGGGUGA